AUGGAUGAUUCUCCUGAUCGCAUCGGGCCUGACACGGGCCCCAAACAGAGCUUUGGAGACAGGGUGAGGAGAGUGAGGAAGGCUUUUACUACAAAGGAUGGCCUGAUUGGUUCCUACGACUAUGCUUUCCUCUUCAGACCAAACAUCCCCUUCAUCAAGAAGCAGCGCCGUGCCGCACCAUUCUUCGGCCUUCAUGACAAGAUGCCUGUUUUCUUGGCCCUCCUCCUGGGAUUCCAGCAUGCGCUUGCAAUGCUGGCAGGCGUCAUUACACCACCAAUCAUCCUCGCGAGUGCUGCCAAUCUAGUGACGGAGCAGCAGCAGUACCUUGUGUCGACGUCCUUGAUCGUCUGCGGUAUUCUCUCGUCUAUUCAGAUUACGCGGUUUCACGUCUGGAAAUCCCCGUACUACAUCGGCACCGGUCUGAUUUCCGUCGUCGGCACGUCCUUCUCCACCAUACCCGUUGCCACCGGAGCACUUUCCCAGAUGUACGAGACCGGCUUUUGUCCAACAGACGCGAAUGGCAACAAGCUGCCGUGCCCGGACGGCUACGGCGCCAUCAUCGGCACCGCCUGCGUGUGCGCCCUGAUCGAAAUCCUAAUGUCCUUCAUGCCGCCGCGGAUGCUGAAGAAACUGUUCCCGCCGCUCGUCACCGGCCCGACGGUCAUGCUCAUCGGCAUCAGCUUGAUCGAGACCGGCUUCCAGAACUGGGCGGGCGGCAGCGGCGACUGCCUGACAAGUCCAACAGGCAUCUAUGCGCUCUGCCCCACCAUCUACGCCCCACGCCCCCUUCCGUGGGGCAGCGCCGAGUUCAUCGGACUGGGCUUCCUCGUCUUCGUGUCCAUCAUCGUGUGCGAGCGCUUCGGCUCUCCCAUCAUGAAGUCGUGCGCAGUCGUCGUGGGCCUGCUCAUCGGCUGCAUCGUGGCGGCGGCGUGCGGCUACUUUGACCGCUCGGGCAUCGACGCCUCGCCCGCGGCGUCGUUCAUCUGGGUGCACACGUUCAAGCUGUCCGUAUACGGCCCGAUCGUACUACCACUACUGGCCGUCUACAUCGUCCUGGCCAUGGAGGCCAUCGGAGACAUCACCGCCACCUGCGACGUCUCCCGACUCCAAGUCGACGGCGCCCUCUUCGACAGCCGCAUCCAAGGCGGCGUGCUCGCCGACGGCCUCAACGGCAUCAUCGCCGGCCUCUGCACCAUCACCCCCAUGUCCACCUUCGCGCAGAACAACGGCGUCAUCGCGCUCACGCGGUGCGCCAACCGCAAGGCCGGCUACGCCGCCUGCUUCUGGCUGGUCGUCAUGGGCAUCUUCGCCAAGUUCGCGGCCGCGCUCGUCGCCAUCCCCUCGGCCGUCCUGGGCGGCAUGACGACCUUCCUCUUCUCCGCCGUCGCCGUCUCCGGCAUCCGCAUCAUCUCCACCGUCCCCUUCACGCGCCGCAACCGCUUCGUCCUCACCGCCGGCCUCGCCAUCGGCUACGGCGCCACCCUCGUCCCGGACUGGUUCUCGACCGUCUUUACGUACGCCGGCCCGAACCGCGCGCUGCUCGGCUUCUACAACGCCAUCGUGCUCGUCCUUGAGACGGGCUUUGCGGUCACGGCUUUCGUCACGCUCAUCUUGAACUUGUUGCUGCCUGAGGAGAGCGACGACGAUGCGCAGGAGCUGCCCGAGUUGACGGCUAACGAGGCGGAUGUCGAGGCGGAUCGCGAGGAGUGGGGGAACGUCAAGGGCAAGGAGAUGGAUGCCGAUGCGGCUGGCAGGACGGGAAGUGCGAGUGGGAGCGAUAUUGCGCCUGCUGCAAAGACGGUUGGGUAA